CAGUGAAAACCCUGGACUCGACUAAGCCCUCGGGAUCUGGCCAUGGCUCUUCCUUCCUCUCCUUCUCCCGGCCAGGCUCCGUGGAGGACCCUGUCUUCAGAGGAACUGGAGAAGCAGUACUCACCCAGCAGAUGGGUCAUCCGCAUGAAACCAGAGGAAGUUGUCCGGAAUUUCAUGCAGAUAGGAAGCCAGGCCACCCAGAAGGCCCGGGCCACCAGGAGGAACCAGCUGGAUGUCUCCUAUGGAGAUGGUGUAGGGGAGAAAAUGGAUAUCUACUUUCUGGAUGAGGAUUCCAAAGCUUUCCCCCUCUUCAUGUUCUUGCAUGGAGGAUACUGGCAGAGUGGAAGUAAAGAUGACUCGGCGUUCAUGGUAAACCCACUGACGGCACAGGGAAUUGUGGUGGCCGUCGUGGCUUAUGACAUUGCACCCAAAGGCACACUGGACCAGAUGGUGGACCAGGUGAGCCGCAGCGUUGUGUUUCUGCAGAGACGCUAUCCGAGCAAUGAGGGAAUCUACCUCUGUGGACACUCUGCGGGAGCUCAACUGGCCGCCAUGAUGCUCCUGGCCAGCUGGACCGAGCAUGGCGUCACACCCAACAUCCAAGGCCUUCUCCUGGUGAGUGGGAUCUACGACCUGGAGCCCCUCGUAUUUACCUCCCAAAAUGACCUUCUGCACAUGACCCUGGAAGAUGCUCAGAGAAACAGUCCGCAGCGACUCUUGGAGAUGGCUCCAGCACGGCCUGUGGUUCCAGCCUACCCUGUGCUGGUGGUUGUGGCUCAGCACGACUCUCCAGAGUUCCACCGACAGUCCAAGGAGUUCUGUGAGACACUACGCCUUGCAGGAUGGAAGGCCUCUUUCCAGGAACUGUGUGGUGUGGAUCACUUUGACAUCAUAGAGAAUCUGACCCGGGAGGAUUAUGUCCUCACCCAGAUCAUUUUGAAAAUGAUCUUCCAGAAGCUGUGAGGACACCCAGUCCCCAGCCUGCAUGCACCUCAGAGAGCCUCCAAAAAUGAAGUGACCGUUCCACCUCACGCUGGCUUGCCUGUCCACCCUGUAUAGUCUCCCUGCUGUGAACACACUCUCCUCUCCCGCCAUUCUUCGCCCCACCGAGAUGGAACUCCGGGGAAAGCCUGCAGAUUGUCACUGGGAGAUACACACAGCCACCACCUGGCCAAGUCUGUCCCCCCAGCCCCACCCCGAGCCUGCUUACAGGGCGUGGCAAUCACCCUCUGGCUGGCUUUCUAUGGGAGUUAGCAGUAUCAGUGUGGACUGGCUGCGGCUGAGGCUGUAGCCGAGUGCUGGAGUUCUGCCUAUCUCCUGCUGCAAGAGAGGGUGGGGUGGGGAGAAGGGAUGAAGCCAGAAGGCCAGACUGGCCAGACCGGCCAACCACUGGGGGAUGUAACUCAGUAACUCACUGGUAGAAUGACCAGCCAACACGCAUAGGAUCGUGGGUUUUAACAAGGAAACCUGGUAUUAACAAGGAAAAAAA